AUGAGAGAGACAAAACAGACACAGGUUACUGAAUUCUUCUUCCUGGGACUGUCUGAUGAUCCAAAUACCCAGAUAUUGCUCUUUGUUUUUUUCCUGACUGUCUACCUGGUCACAGUACUUGGAAAUCUGCUUCUUAUAUCCCUUGUUCAGAUGGACUCUCAACUUCACACACCCAUGUAUUUUUUUCUCUGCAAUUUGUCUUUGGCUGGUCUCUGUUUCUUGACCAACAUUGUUCCUCAGGCCCUUAUUCACCUGUUAUCCAGGAAGAAGUCUAUUUCUUUCAUAUGUUGUGCAGCUCAGCUUCUACUUUUUCUCAUUUUGGGGGGUACACAGUGUGCUCUUCUGACAGUGAUGUCCUAUGAUUGAUAUGUGGCCAUCUGUAAUCCUUUGCAUUACUCUAAUGUUAUGACCAGGAGGUUGUGUGUCUACUUGGGCACAGGGUCAUGGACCACUGGCAUUAUGGCGUCUCUUGUGGACUUCAUCAUCACAAUAAGGCUACCAUACUGAGGCAGCAAUAAAAUUGCUCAUUUCUUUUGUGAGGCCCCUGAACUGUUGGUCCUGGCAUCCAUAGACACCCAUGCUAUACAGAUGUCCAUUUUCCUUGUGGUGGUGGUGGUCCUCCUCAUACCUCUUUCUCUAAUUUUGGUAUCAUAUGGCCAUAUUAUAAUGACUGUGAUCAGGAUGAAAUCAGCUGGUGGGAGACUCAAAGCAUUCUCUACCUGUGGCUCCCACCUUUUGGUGGUCAUCAUUUUUUAUGGGUUAGCAAUUAUCACCUACAUGACACCAAAGUCCUGCCUAGAGCAAGAAAAAAUAGUGUCUGUGUUCUAUUCAGUGGUGACCCCCAUGCGUAACCCUCUCAUCUACAGCCCGAGGAACAAGGAUGUGAAGGGAACUCUGAGAAGAGUAGCCAUAAGAAUUUUCUGA